CCCAGGGCGAAGAGAGUGGCACAGCCUCCUUUGGCUUGUAACUCGAGCGGGGAGGUUUAUUUUAAAAUGAGGAACCCGGCGGAGGGAGAGGGAGGGGGAGAGAGAGCGCCCAGCGGCUGCCUGGCUUGACGUUUCCGGGUGGAGAUAAACAAAGGGAGGGGGAGGCCGCCGUUUGCUGCCGGCGCGAUGGGGCGAUAAGGCCGCCCGAGGGGUCACGUUACCGCGGCCCAGGAGGGGCUCCGCUUGGGCGCCCCAGAAGGAAGGCAGCGCCAGGAGAAAGCGGCCGCAGUCGGGCAACAACAGGUGCCGCUUGGAGAAGAACCAGUCCACCCGAAGACUUGCCUCGAGAGCCAUGACCGACCUGGAGGAAGAGCCCGAGUUCGACUUCGAUUUCCUCUUCGAGUUUAACCAGAGCGACCAGGGCGCCUCUGCUACCACCACCACCAGCAGCAGCAAAGAACAUUAUAACUACCCAUCUUCAAAUAUAAAUUCAAGUUUGCCUCUCAGUGUGGCACAUCCUUCAUUGUCAACUUCAUGUCAUGGCCUCCAGACAUCUAAUCCAGUCAUUUCAAUUGUUCCAUCAACUAAUCAUCCUUCAGGAUAUGGAGGGCACAUUGACAGUGGCAACACUGGGUAUUAUCUGCCUCCAAAUGUCAGGCCUAAUGGAGUGCCAGCCUUAGAAAGCCCCAGAAUUGAAAUAACCUCUUACUUGGGACUGCAUCAUAACAACAAUCAGUUUUUUCAUGAUGCCGAAGUGGAGGAAUCCAUCCCAAAUGCAAAGAGAUCUCCUUCCACGGCCACUUUGAACUUACCAAAUAUUGAAGCUUAUAGAGACCCAACUUGUCUCAGCCCAGCGAGUAGCCUGUCUUCCAGAAGUUGCAAUUCAGAAGCCUCUUCCUAUGAAUCCAACUACUCAUAUCCUUACACUUCUCCUCAAACUUCUCCUUGGCAAUCGCCAUGUGUGUCACCUAAGACCACAGAAACAGAGGAGAGAUACCAGCGAAGCUUGGUAGCCUGCACGUUACUUAAUUCACCCAGACAUUCUCCUUCUACAUCUCCCAGAACAAGCAUUACGGAUGAGAACUGGCUGAGCACCCGGAACUCAAGGCCAUCUUCACCCUGCAACAAGAGGAAAUAUAGUCUGAAUGGGAGGCAGACAUCCUACUCACCACACCAUUCUCCAACCCCCUCUCCACAGACUUCUCCAAGGGUUAGCGUAACUGAUGAAACAUGGCUGGGAAACACUAACCAAUACACCAGUUCAGCGAUUGUUGCUGCUAUCAAUGCCCUCACCACUGACAGCACAAUAGACAUGAAUGAUGGGAUUCCUAUCAAGUCCAGGAAAACAGCGAUAGAUCACUCACCAUCUAUGGCGCUCAAGACUGAACCAAGUGGUGAUGAUCAGGGGACCAUAUCGCCGACAGCUGACUUGUCACCAGAAGAGUUUCCGGGAUUUCAGCACAUCAGAAAAGGCAGCUUCUGCGAUCAGUAUCUCUCUGUGCCACAGCAUCCUUAUCAGUGGGCCAAAUCAAAGCCAUUGCCCCCAACGUCAUACAUGAGUCCAUCGUUGCCUGCUCUGGACUGGCAGUUGCCAUCUCACUCAGGACCUUAUGAACUUCGGAUUGAAGUGCAGCCGAAGUCCCACCACAGAGCCCAUUACGAGACGGAAGGGAGUCGAGGGGCUGUCAAAGCCUCUGCUGGAGGACACCCAGUGGUGCAGCUACACGGUUACUUAGAAAGUGAACCACUCACGCUACAGCUGUUCAUUGGGACUGCAGACGACCGCCUGCUGCGGCCUCAUGCCUUCUACCAGGUUCACCGGAUCACAGGGAAGACCGUUUCCACCACCAGCCAUGAGACCAUCCUCUCCAACACCAAAGUCUUGGAAAUCCCACUUCUACCUGAAAACAACAUGAGAGCAAUCAUUGACUGUGCUGGAAUAUUGAAACUUAGAAAUUCAGACAUCGAGCUGAGGAAAGGGGAAACUGACAUUGGAAGGAAGAACACACGAGUUCGGCUGGUCUUCCGUGUUCAUAUCUCGCAACCUAAUGGAAGAUUGCUUUCUCUGCAAGCAGCAUCCAACCCAAUUGAGUGUUCUCAAAGAUCUGCUCAAGAAUUGCCUUUGGUAGAGAAGCAAAGUGUUGACAGCUACCCUGUGAUGGGUGGGAAGAAAAUGAUACUGAGCGGACACAACUUCCUUCAAGACUCCAAAGUCAUAUUUGUGGAGAAAGCGCCAGAUGGACAUCAUGUGUGGGAAAUGGAAGCCAAAACUGACAAAGAGUUGUGUAAGCCAACUUCAUUGGUUAUUGAGAUUCCACCGUUUCGCAAUCAGAGAAUUACCAGUCCUGUCCAAGUUAAUUUCUAUGUCUGCAAUGGAAAGAGAAAGAGAAGCCAGUACCAACUUUUCACCUAUCUUCCUGCUAAUGUUCCAAUUAUAAAAGCAGAACCCACUGAUGACUAUGAGCUAGCUCAAAUCUGUGGACCAAGGAACCAAGGAUUAAGCCCUCUCUCCAAACCGUACUACAGCCAGCAGAUCAUGAUGCCUCCUGAUCCUGGCUCGUGCCUUGUGGCUGGCUUCACUUCCUGUCAGCAGAGAAACACUGUGAUGUCAUCGUCUCCCAGCUCUAGCCCAAAGCUGCACGAUCUUUCCUCUCCUGCUUACAAGUGCAUCACCAACCCAGGCCACAACCACCUAGGACUUCAGCAGACCGUUGGAGGUGUCCCCACCAUUCAGGAAGUGCCAAGGUCUAUAGUUGUGCACCCAAGCUCUCCAGAUCAGUCAUCUCACAUCAUGCUGCAGCCGCAGGUGAGUCAACAUCUGAGCAGUAGCUGUUCCCUUGGUUACCAACAAACACUCUAUCCCAACAGUCCCUCUUCUCCAGUUCCAUCUGUAACCCAAGAGUCAACUUAUUUGCAGUCCUGCAGUCCAACUCACUCAUCCAUAAUGGGUCAGCAGCAACUGCCGAAUGUGCAAAGAAUUGAAUCUCCAGCAGAUCAGCCACUGUCGUUGCCCGAGUUGCAUGAGGACAAUAAUCAUAAUUUGGCCCCUAUUCCUGUAACGGUCAAGCGAGAACCUGAGGAAUUGGACCAGUUAUACCUGGAUGAUGUAAAUGAAAUCAUACGGAAUGACCUCUCCAGCACCAACGUCCAUUCAUAGCUGACUGCCUCGAAAUCUAGUUUUACGCUUAGCUGAGACAAUGGCUUUUGAUAAGCAGAAGAUAUUUCUUCAUACAGUUCUGCUUCUCCACUUCCUCGAAUGUUUGGAACAGACAAUUACCUCUUCUCUAAAUGUCUUUGUGCAUGCAUGCAUUUGUGUAUAUAUGCACACAUGUACAUGUGUGUAUACAUAUAUCUACAAAAUUGUUUGGCUGGCUUCAGCUAAGACAACAUCUCCUUUUUAAAAAAAAACGUAAUCUCAAGGAAAAUGGAGGGAAUUAAAUAUGAAUUGUGUGUUUGAUGGGUUGACAUAGAAAAUAGAACUGGCUCAAAAAUUGACUUCCUGCAUACCUUUGAGCUCUCCUGGACUACAACCCUGAAAGUGCCUUAUUUUAUUAGAUUGUGGCAUCAGGACAUUUUACUGGCAACUUUGAAUUUGCUGCCACCCAGAGUAUUUCUGGGCACAGAAGCUAUCUAACAUACCUCUCCACAUUGAGAAUUAUUUUUACAGUAAAAGAUGCAUCUCAGUUCUAUGGUUUCUUCAAGUUCCUUUGAACGCUGACAUCACGUUGCCUUAUUCCUGAUGCCUUUUUAAAAAGCAAGUUAUCAUCUCUAAUGUAUAUUUUAAGCUCAUCACAUGACAUCGCUCAUGAACUGUAAGACUGUUAAUCAUAGUAGCAUGUUAGUAUUUUGACUUUGCUUCAGGUAUAGCACAAGAAAAUUGGAACAGCAAAAAAUAUUAAGGUUGAUGGACAAAAACAUUGCAACCUUUUUUUCCUCAAUUGUUUUACGUGUUGCAUGUUCAUACGAUCUAGCCUAUAUGCAUAUAUAUGUAUUUAUACUUGGCAAAUAUACCUAGUUGCCUUGUGAAGGCUUUGGAUUCAGCAAUAAAUUUUCUGCCUCUGAGAAUGCAGUCCAGAUACUAGGCAAAUAUUCUUGCCAACUCUGUGUUGUGGGUUUGUUAUUUUAAAGACAAUUAUGCAUUUUCUUUCCUCAUGCUGAUAAGCAAGCACUUUAGACAGUCAAGAAGGAUGCAUAUGAAAUAUGUAUUAAUUACCAAAUGACAAAAGGAUGAGUGAAAACAAUUGUAAAUACUGCUAUUGAAGAAUGUAAAAUAUUGUGCAAUUAUCAAACUAUUAUUCCACUGAAGCCUUAUAGCUCUCUUCUCUGUGUAAAACAACUAUUACCAAAACCAAAUGUUUUAAUAUUCAAUGCUGUAUAGUAUGUUUUCAGAGUAGCUUCAUGUUUUUAGAGAACAUAUAGAACAUAAGCAUGUAAUGUAGUUGGAAACAUUGUAUUUUAUACAAUCAAUAACGUGUACCAAGUAGCUAGUAAUAGCAUUUUAUUUCACAUUUAAAAAGAAAGAAAGAAAGCAUGGCUUCAUUUUUUAAAACAUUAAAUAUUAAUAUUGUGCCUUAGGAAAUAUGCGUGAACUAUGCCGCUGUUAUUAAGGUGGCAACAAAGUGCAGUGUACAGUUAGUGCAAACUUAACAGGUUUCACAAAAGAGUGAAACAGUCCUGACCAUUUAGAAAUAUUACUCUGUACAAUUAUGUCUUACUUCCUUUUUAGAAAAACAAAAACAAAAAAGCCAUAUUUAUAACAUUUGCACAGUACUGUGAAAAUAUAAGAAUAUAAUAUGGCUGUAUGUACAUAACUCAUGUUAGUGGUCCUUCGAAUUGGCUCAUUUCCCCAACUAUUAAGCAACCUAUAUUUACCCUGUACUUAGCUUUGUAGGCGUUGCAUGUAUUUCUUUGAAACUGCCAUAUUAUAUAAUAAAGCACAACUUUCUGAAGAAAGAAUACUUUUUGAGGGAUUCAGCUUUUUCCCUCCCCACUCUUGGGAGGAACGUUUCAUAAAACGAUAAGCUUUUUAAUGUGAUGCGUUGAAUAUAUGCUGUAUGGUGCAGGCACUUCCAUUUCAAACAGCUUUCAGUCUCCUAAUAUUAUCCUUUUACAACCCACCAAGAACUGCUUCAGUACAACCUCCGUUCACAGCGAUAGGAAAGUGUGCUGGAGUCAACACUUGGUGGGUCGUACAAUAUUUUUGGGAAGUAUCUUGCCAACAGGAUUGCUCUUUUUUUCAUGUUUUCUGUACUGAAAGGAUGUAGUUGCCAAGACAGACAUGGGGAUCCAGUGUAAUUCUCAGAUGUUCGGUUCUCUCACUUUUUCCUGAAAUGUCAACAGAGUGCAAAUGGAGGAACCUCUAGUAUGCCAGAGGAUUUUUGACUCAGCUACAGAAAUAUCUUGGGUGAGGCUCUGACCACACAAGCUCCGCUAUGUUUGCAUUUCAGCAAUAAGUUUAGCUAGAUAAUCACAUGUAUUGUUCCCAGUAUGUCACACCUUUGUUACUGUUUGUGUUUAUUUUCGCCUUUUAAGCUGUUUUGGAAAUUUGUUACAUUCAAGCCUCGCUCUUCAAAGACUAUGCAUCUCUUGUAUAUGUAUUCAUGAAUAAAACCUGUAUCAGAAAGACAGCUUUAAACAUAA